AUGACUGCUCCGCGCUCUGCCUCCUUGCGUGCUCUACGCAUCCUUUCGCAACAGCAUUCCUCGGCACCGUUUCGCCGCUCCCUUCACGUCACCGGUGCUUAUUCCGCCCAACUAGCCUCCGGUCCAGACGUCACAUCCAUCUACCGCGCCAGGAGCGUCGCGGAUCUGAGAGAUGAGUGCCAGAGGAGGAAUAUCAGGACUGCAGGCAAUAAAGCUGAGCUUGUAGACCGCCUUGCCAACCAUGACUUCCUUCAAACUAGAGCGUUUAGUAUCGCCAUGAAAAGAAUCGACGGACCUGCGUUUGGGCAAAGUUCCGAGUCACCCGCUCGACACUUCAACACCUCCCGCGCCACCAAAUCCGUCAACGAUUCAUCUCCAGUCGACUUUGUCGUCAUGCCCAAUAGUCUCGAGGCUGGCCAGGCUUCCAGCAGUGGCUUCCCUCGCAUGCCAGUUCCUCCGGAUGCAUACGCGCACUUUGAAACCGCUGGUGCUGGUAGCGCUUCUCCGAUGAAGCCGGAGAUCUAUAGCGUCGGCGGGUCAGAUGGUAGUAGCCCAAGCCCGAUGGCCGAAGUGGCUGAUAAUUCUGCUCUCGAAAUCAACCCGUACAAUCUCGCUGAGAUGGUGGGCAGAUCGAAACUAGCUGCCUCCUCGCCAGAUGCGGCAAGAAGUCAACAAGGUGAACCUACUCUCACAGGGCUUGUGAAAGGGAUGUGGAACGCCAUGAUGCAGGACGUACUUCCUCCCAAACAAGGUUCGAAUACGCAGUCGAAAUGA